AUAUAUAUAAGGGAGGACGAAGUGCCUUCGCAGUAGUCUUUUAUACGUCAGAACGUCUGAAAGAUGAUGGUGUUUAUUGUUUUAAUACUUUUCUUUACAGCUGUAAAGAUAGAUACCACAUUCGGAGCCUAUUGCAGUUAUUCUGCGACACGAUUUGUACACACAACCAAACGAUGCGGGGUGUUCGGUUGGGGUAGGUGUUAUUACAACAGACCCUCUCAAUAUAUAUAUCAGGACUGUUGCCACGGCUGGACAGGCUCUCAGUGCUCGAUACCCGUAUGCAGCAAACCAUGUGGAAAUGGCGGUACUUGCAUUGGUCCUGAUCAAUGCAAAUGUCCAACCACCUUCACAGGACAACAAUGUACAGCAAAUAUUCCGAUACUGACAACGCACGUUGUAACUGCAUCGACGAGUGCAACAUCAAAGCCUGCAAGUUUGUCAUCGAGGUCGCCUUGGGUCUUAAGCGGAAAUAUUACAUCUGACUGUGUUCCAGAAGACAAAGAUGUCGUAUUUCUAGUCGACAGUUCCAGCAGAGAUGGAGAACAGAACUUUCGAAAAGUGAAAGAUUUUAUCAAACAAGCAAUAGGAACAUUUGAUAUCGGUCCUAAUCUAACACGAGUGGGUUUGAUUCUUUUCAACAAGAAUGCAACGAUCGCUUUUCCAUUGGACAGGUAUAAUGCAUCACAAGACAUACUAAAUGCUGUAGAAAAUAUUGCUUACAAACCAACAGAUGAAACAAAUACAGGCGAUGCCUUGGAGUUAGUUCGCAAACAAGGAUUCACCUAUGAUCGCCCAGAUGUUCCAAACAUUGCGUUUUUAAUCACGGAUGGUUAUUCAUCUGACAAAAAUUCAGCGAUAGUACAGGCUCGUCUAGCAAAGCAGAACAAUACCAUACAGAUUAUCGCAACCGCAGUUGGCCAGUUUGUAGACUUCAACGAGCUGGUAGACAUAGCUAGUAAUAAUCCGUACACGAACCAAAGCCUUAUAUACCAUGUCGACGAUUUUGACGAUCUCCACAUUAAGUCUUUAGAAAAUGUAUUUACCAGUGUAAUUUGUGGGUUUGAACUGUCUACUUUACCACCUAAAGAGUCAAUAUCAACUUUGUUCGCUUCGGUGACACCGCCUUGUUAUGAUAUAGUGAAAAAUUGUGAUGAAUAUCGCAAGGAUAUGUGUUCAAGUUACCGUCCGUGGGCAAUUAGACAUUGUAAAAAGUAUUGUGGGUUUUGCCAUGGGGCCACUACAGCGGCAAAAACAUGUGCCGAUCAAAUAGGCAAUUGCAGAGAAUAUGGCCCUGAUAUCUGCAUUUCAACAGCAUUCAAGAAAUGGACAAAGGACUACUGUUCCAACUUUUGUGGACUUUGUGGUGCAGACACAACAACCACACCAAUGACAACAAAGGCAGCAGCAACCCCUGUAACAUCCACGUCAAUAAAUUUUAACGGAAUGCUAGCGACGGCACCCUCGUUUGCUUCUACAAACACAUGUACAAACAAAAUAAGCACCUGUGGAGAUUUUGGUCAAGACGUAUGUACGGAUUAUCAAUCAUGGGCAAGGGAUCAUUGUCAGAAGUAUUGUGGAUUUUGCCAAGGAUCAUCCAUAUCUCCUAAACCAUGUGCCGAUACAGUAGACAACUGCAAUGAAUACGGACCAGACAUUUGUAAACCAGCGUCAUUCAGUAAAUGGACACACGAUCAUUGCGCCAGCUUUUGUAACCUAUGCAACACGGUCAAUGAUUCAACAACCACGAUCGUUUCAUCCACUACCCCUUAAAUCUGAAAAUGACGAAAACUUGUGUACUUUGUUAAACAGAAACAGCUUCAUAACCAGUUGAUGGACACUUGUACUAAUAUCAGAUAAUCUCGUCGCUGUCUAAAUGACUUGAGACGAUAUUGAUGAUUUCACAUUAUAGCUUAUUACAUGAACUCUUAAAUCAUAGCAAAAGUUUUGGACUUAAAUCGUAAAUUAAAUGAUGUUUCUCUAUGUA